UCAUUUUUAUAUACUCAUACGUGAUAUUUUCUUACCAAUACCAUACGCCAUACAGAUACGGAUCACGAAUAUGUUUUAUUUUUUUUUAUUUGACUAUUAUUACUACAUUUCUUAUUAUUUUUCUUAACAAGUGUGAAGCAUAAACAUCUCGAUAACAUCGUGAACGUUUGCAAUUUACCGUUUUAACCAUCGACGCCUCACUUUCGAGCUGUUUCUACAUGCGCUGACUCGUUUUUUUUUUUAUUGUUUUGUGAAUUCAUCAAAAAACCUUACUACCUAUAUAUCUACGUUGUAUUUAUUUUUACCGAUAUUUAUUGGGAUAAACGAUUUUUGGACGAUCACGUCAUUAUCAGCUGAAAAUAAUUUAUUAUACUCACUAGUGUAAAAAUAAAUACAUUACAAAAUUGUUUUGAGAUCACAAUUUAUUGCUAAUCGACGACGGGUGAUUUUUUGUUCAGAUAUAAAAUGCGCAGUAUAUUUUGUUCAUUCGACUAGUGUGUUAACAUAAUGCGUAUUUUGUGACUUAUAUAUAUACUUAAAAAUCGAAUAUAUAAACGUGGUCACUGCGUGCAAUCAACAACUUCAGUUCCCAAACAUUUAUGGCUAACAAUCAGAAUUUGUCGACAAGCGCCCACAGAGCUCUUGCGCACGAAUACAAAAGUUUGCAAGAAGAGCCUGUCGAAGGGUUUAGGGUCAAGUUGAUCGAAGAUAACCUUAGAGAAUGGGAAGUAGCCAUAUUCGGACCUCCAGAAACCCUCUAUCAAGGAGGAUAUUUCAAGGCACUUAUGAAAUUUCCAGCUGAUUAUCCAUAUUCACCGCCGAGCAUUAGGUUUUUAACAAAAGUUUGGCACCCUAAUGUAUACGAGAAUGGUGAUCUAUGUAUUUCAAUUCUUCAUCCACCAAUAGACGAUCCUCAUUCUGGAGAAUUGCCCUGUGAAAGGUGGAAUCCUACCCAAAGUGUCAGGACAGUAUUACUUUCUGUGAUUUCCCUAUUGAACGAACCAAAUACGUUUAGUCCAGCUAAUGUUGAUGCUUCUAUCAUGUACAGGAGAUGGAAAGACUCAAAGGGAAAAGAUAAAGAAUAUGAAAAUAUAAUUAAAAAACAAGUUGUUAGCGGCCGAUUAGAGGCUGAACGAGAUGGUGUUGUUGUUCCGCUUACAUUAGAAGAUUACUGUAAAGUCAGUUCAACAGCUCGUUCUUCGACUUCAGCAGCCGCUAUGGACAGUGAUUUUUACGUCGAAGACUACGACUUAGAUGUCGAAUCGGAUGCAAACUCUGAAGACGAAUAUCAAGAUGAUGCAACCGACAGUGGCAAUGGUGAAUCAUGAAAUUGAAUGACUAGAAAAGACAUAAAAAUACAAAAUAUAAUUUAAAAAAAAAAUAAUAACGAUAAAAAAAAAGACCAAAUAAAUAUUAUGGACAAAAACUUGUCUGCACCGAACAAAAUCAUUUAAGCUUUAUCGAUUUAAUGGUUUGUGUAUUUGGUCAAUUGGUCUUUUUGCAUGUGAUCUAAUUAAAAUAAAGCAAAGACGGCUAUUGUCCUUAUACUAUCUGCGGUCAUUUAAACAUGUUAAAUCAAAUAACAACUAACACACAUUAUAAAUAUAUGUACAUAUAUAUGAUAUAUUUUGUUCCCUUAGAAAUUUUUAUGCAUAAUUUAUAUAUUUUGUAAACAAAAAAAUGUUAAAACUCUCAAGAAAAAUCAUUUAAAUGAAUCCGUCUAAUUUUACCCCCUAUAAGUUUGUCCUUAUUACUUAUCUGUAACCUAUUACCUUAUCCUUUUUUUUUUAAUUUUAUUUAGUUUAAAAAUUUAAUGUGAAGAACAGACGACCACAAACCAUGUUAGUGUAUAUUUCAUUUUUUUAAAUUAACAUUCGGUAUUUUUUUUUCAACACACCAUUGGUGUGUGUGAUAUUAAAAUAUAAUGUUUCAUCGUUGGCUUUUUAUAUUCAAUUGCAACUUUGAGAACUACUUGUUAAUAUUCAAAUUUUGAAAACAAUUAUCGGUACUAAUAAUUUGUUGACAAACAUUAAAAGAUUAUUUUGAUUUAUUUCCUCCUUUGGAAUUUUAUUGAUAUCAUAUAAUAUUAUUUUGUUUUACUUAUAAACUGUUAAAAAGGUUAAUUUAAAUAAGUUUUUACUUAAAAAAUUAGAAAUAUUAAAAUCAGUGAUUCAAGUAAAACCCAGUCAAAACAUAUAACAUACAUAUUUUAAUAGAUAUAUAUUUUUUCUACGUUUUAAGUUGUUUUUUAAACAAAAGAAACUGAUAAUUAUUAAUUGUUGUUCAGGUUAUUUUUUUCUAAUAUAUUGAUAUACUAAAUAUUUUUAGAGAUCAAGAAAUUUUGUUUACUAGUGAUUUUAACUUUUUAAACUGUGAUGAAAGCUACUGAAUAAAUUUGAUUGUACAACUCUAUAGCUUUGACGAUAAUAAUAAUGCUCUAUGGUAAUCGUCCAGUGGUGUAGUCGUAAGUGAGUAUACGAAUGUACUCGUAACAGAUAAAGUGUCCUUGCAUUUAAAAAAGUGGAAGGUCAGUAAACUGCAUAUAUCCGCUGCAACUACAUUACUGUUAUUGUCUGUUCAUUUGAAAAUGUGUUAAUGAAAAUUCUGUGUGAAAUAUUAAAGAGCUAAUUACUAAUUAAGUGUAACUUUGGUUUUACCAUUUAUUUUAAGAAUUUUUUUUUUUUUAACCUAAUUUCUUUAGUUUCAAAUUUUGAUUACCAUUUUUCUGUUAAUGGAAAGUGGUUAUUUUUAUUUAGUUACCUACAAUUCUUCGAAACGAGGUUUUCUUCAGACUACGGGUUGAAAAACACGUGCAUAUUAUAAUUUUUUUGUGUUGUGGAUAUAUGCGAUUCUUAAUUAUAAACAAAUUUUUUAAUGUUAGCUUUAUUAAAUUGUUGAUACUUAAAUUUUGUGGUUAUACAAUUUCGCCAAAAUGUAGCGAAAAAAAUAAAGGUUUUAUACAACAAUUUUAAUACCUAUUGGCAUUAAUGUGUAAAAAUUAUGUUUAAUUUGUGAAACGAUUUAGUAAAAUUUGUCUUUUUUUUA